UGUAUGCUUAAAAUUACAGUUUAUAGACUGUCUAAUUUCUCAAACUAAAACCCGUUAAGCUCCAAUAAGGUCGGGUUGGUACUGGUUGCAAGUGCUUACAAAAGAAGAAAAUUAGAAAACCAUGUCGGUCAUCGAUAAAGAUAUUCUCAUAGCGCCUUGGGUUGGCCCUACUUGUUACAAAAACAGUUUAUCUAUCGUUGUAGUUUCGUCAAAUAUCGAUAUUAUAGAAAAUAUUUCUGAAGCCUUGAUAGAAGUACACGAUAGAGUUAAUUUACGAUGGAAAUUAGCAGUUUUAAGGUGUUUCAAUCUGGAAGAUAUUGUGAGACAGUCGGACGUAACAGGAAAAAUGGAUAUAGAUUUUGUUAUAAUAGCAAUGGAUUCUAGUCGUAUCUCUUGUAUUGAGUGGGUCAAAAAUGUUUUGGAUCACGUUCAUCCCGAUUUGAGAAUUCGUCGAACAGUACUAGUAAAUGCAAGUGGGCUUCCAAUUAAUGCUAUGGCUGUGAAUACAAGUGAAGUGAUAUGUUUUUGUAAAGAAAACCGGUUAGAUAUGUUAAAUGCAAAUGCUUUGAAAAAAGAUGAAACUAAGAGUUUAGCCCAAAGACUUUUGAAUUACAUUGAAGUUUCAAUUGGAAGUAAAACAGGGUUACCCAAUAUAAAUGUGUAAAUCAAUAUGUUUAUAAGUCUAUUUGUAUGUUCAAUAAAUUUUUUGCUUAUACUUUGAACAUUAUAAUAAUUGAAAAGAAAAAUUAAAACUUUCAACAUCAUGA